CCAUCUCAACGAACAAUCCCUACACCACGCCACUCUAGACUUUCCUCAAAUUCGUUUAUUCCAUUGUUCACUCCCUCUAUAAAAAUUUUUAAAAAAAAUCAAUAAAAUUAACAACACCGACACGGAAUUCAGAUCUUCAAACCCUUUCAUUGUCAAAUCUCAGAUCUCAUUAGUUUAUGUUUUACUUCACUUAAAACACAUUUCCGUUUCUCUAAUCAGCUCAAGAGACAGACAGAAACACAGAAGUGGAGAUAGCUGAAUCCAAUGGCUGUGGCUGUCAGGGGAACUCGAGGUGGCGGAUCAGGCGGAGGUGGAGCUGGUUUCCGUAGCUUGUUUUCUUAUAGGAUCUUUGUCUCAGCCAUGUUUUCGCUUCUCUUCGUGGCCACUCUCUCCGUUCUCUUCACUUCUCAUCCUUCUACAACUCAUCACCACUCUAGGCUUCCCAGUGGUGGAAAUGCUUACAUGCACAGAACAUUUCUGGCAUUGAACUCAGACCCUCUCAAAACAAGGUUAGAUUUGAUACACAAGCAAGCCAAUGAUCACAUAACACUAGUGAAAGCCUAUGCAGCUUAUGCAAGGAAGCUAAAGCUUGAAAUUUCAAGACAAUUGAAAAUGUUUGAUGAUUUGGCGAAGAAUUUCUCAGAUCUUACUUCAAAACCAAGUUAUAAAUCCUCUUUGUUUGAAACCAGUGGUAAUUUAGAUGAGGAUGUUUUGAGGCAGUUUGAGAAAGAAGUGAAAGAUAGAGUGAAAUUUGCUAGGUUGUUGAUAGCUGAAUCUAAAGAGAAUUAUGAUAAUCAGUUGAAAAUUCAGAAGUUGAAAGAUACUAUUUUUGCAGUUAAUGAAUUGUUAGGUAAGGCAAAAAAGAAUGGAGCCUUUGCAAGCUUGAUUGCUGCUAAAUCGAUUCCUAAGAGUUUGCAUUGCUUGGCAAUGAGGCUUGUGGAGGAGAGGAUUUCACAUCCGGAGAAGUAUAAGGAAGACUGGCCUAAGGCUGAGUUUGAGGAUCCUAGUUUGUAUCAUUAUGCUAUAUUUACAGAUAAUGUAAUUGCGGUUUCUGUGGUGGUUAGAUCUGUGGUGAAGAAUGCUGAGGAGCCUUCAAAACAUGUAUUCCAUGUGGUGACAGAUAGAAUGAAUGUGGCUGCAAUGAAAGUUUGGUUCAGAAUGAGGCCUGUGGAAGGGGGUGCUCAUGUGGAGGUGAAGGCAGUGGAAGAUUAUGAUUUCUUGAGUUCCUCGUAUGUGCCUGUGGUGGGGCAGAUCGAGUCUUCUAAUGUGCAGAUGGAGAAUGCAACCAAAGAAGGAAGUAACAUAAAGUUUAGGAAUCCUAAGUAUAUGCCAAUGUUGAAUCACCUUAGGUUUUAUUUGCCUGAGAUGUACCCAAAAUUGCAUAAGAUUUUGUUCUUAGAUGAUGAUGUUGUGGUUCAGAAGGACUUGACAGGGUUGUGGAAGAUAGAUUUGGGCGGAAAGGUGAAUGGGGCUGUUGAGACCUGCUUUGGUUCUUUUCACCGUUUCUCUCAGUAUUUGAACUUUUCACAUCCUCUCAUUAAGGAGAGGUUUAACCCUAAGGCUUGCGCUUGGGCUUACGGGAUGAAUAUUUUUGAUCUUGAUGCCUGGAGGCGUGAGAAAUGUACAGAAACAUAUCACAACUGGCAGAACUUGAAUGAGGAUCGGACUCUGUGGAAAUUAGGUACUCUUCCACCUGGCCUGAUGACCUUCUACUCAUUGACAAAAUCACUGGACAAAUCCUGGCACGUGCUUGGGCUUGGAUACAAUCCAAGCAUUAGCAUGGAUGAGAUCAAUAAUGCUGCAGUCAUUCAUUAUAAUGGAAACAUGAAACCUUGGCUAGAUAUUGCUAUGAACCAAUACAAGAAUCUCUGGACUAAAUAUGUGGAUAACGAUAUGGAGUUUGUGCAGAUGUGCAAUUUUGGAGUAUAGAUAAGUGCUGGUGCUGUUCUCUCAGCAAUCAAGUAACAAGAAUACACGUUUUACUGAUUGUUCAUAGUGGCUUGCUAUAUUUCACCAAGACUUUUGGAUUACAUUAUUCAUGAGUAUAACUUCCAGAGCAAAGCUUGAUGGUUGUAUCACCAGUUUUCAUUUUUUUCCUUCUAUUCUAGAAUUGCUAUUUGUUGAUUCUCAAUUUUGCUGUUUUGUUUCUUGAAUAUGUCAGGCACGAAUUGUACUGAACCAGCUAGUAUUAUGUACACAGGGAAAUGAUUCUUUUGAUUAGUAAAACCUUUUCUACCAAUAGAUUUGGUAACUCACAAAA